AUGUCCCAAAUAGAUGACGUCACUAUUUUGCAUUAUCCUUGGAGAAAUUAUAUAAUCUCAGCUGUAGCCAUAAAAUUGCCAGGAUUUAAUAUUGUUGCAGGACAGACUAUCGGGGAACAUAAACGAGUACGCGUCGAAGUCUUCAAUGAUUUAGGUGACGGCUUAAAUCUUACCAUUCACUGUAAAUCAGGGGACGUAGACCUUGGUGUCCAUGUAAUCAAGUAUCCAAAUGGAUUCUUUUCAUUCGACUUUAAACCAAACUUUUGGGGGACUUCACUAUACUUUUGUGGUUUUCGGUGGAAGGAUAGUGAAUUGAAGUGGUUUGAUAUCUACGUCUUCGAUAGAGACCAUCCUCGGUGCAGUGAUUGCUUUUGGAAGAUCAGACCUGAUGGUGCAUGUCAGUUAAACUACGGCACCAAAGAGUAUGAUUUAUGCUAUCCUUGGAAUCCCAAGUUGCAACAAUAUGCUGCAGAGUCACCUGCAGCUCUCCCAUGA